AGCUUAGUUGACAGCUUCAUGCCUUUUGGCUAUCUACUGAGCGACUCAAUAAAAUGUAUUUAAAGGGAGGCUAGUCUCUCUAACUUUCCAUCGCCACCAGGUCUUCAGAUCUACCAAUCUUCAGUGAGACGGACUUACCGUAGUCAUUACACUUGCCACAAUGUAUAAAUCUGUUGUCGCUGUUCUUCUCUUGGUCGCCAUGGUUACCGCCAAUGGUGGAUACGGAGGUGGUUACGGAGGAGGCUGGGGAGGAUUCGGAGGCGGAUGGGGAGGACUCGGUGGUGGAUGGGGAGGUAAAGGUGGAUAUGGCUACGGUGGAGGACUUGGAGUCGGCCUUGUUGGCAUCGGCGGAUUCGGCGGACUCGGCGGAUGGGGACGUGGCGGCGGAUACGGAUACGGUGGUGGAUACGGAGGUGGAUACGGCGGUGGAUACGGAGGUGGAUACGGUGGUGGAUACGGCGGUGGAUACGGCAAAGGUGUUGUCAGCGUCUUGCCCGUUGUUGGUGUCAGUGGUGGAUACGGAGGCUACGGAUAUGGUGGUGGCAAAGGUUACUAUUAAACCAACCAUCCGAUUCAUUCUUCAAAACUCUUCAACCUUAUGUCCACUACAAGGUUCAUUCGAAAAUAAAUUGAAAUUUUAAA